AUGGCCAGAACCUCUGAAUGUUCAUUGAUCUCAUCGAUUUCUCAACCCAGCAUCGAGUGCUUUGAGGUGAAGAGAAAGGCUUUCCUUACCCACAGUAGAUACCACGGCAGUGGCACCACACGGCAGCACAGACCAAAGAUCCCCAAACUAGAAACAUCCUGUGGUCAGACAGGGCUGCCCGCCAUGGAGGUCCGCAUUAACGUCUCAAGGCAGCAGGUGGAAAAGGUGUUCGGGCUGGAGGAAUACUGGUGCCAGUGCGUGGCGUGGAGCUCCUCGGGCACCACCAAGAGUCAGAAGGCCUACAUCCGCAUAGCCUAUUUGCGCAAGAACUUUGAGCAGGAGCCACUGGCCAAGGAGGUGUCCCUGGAGCAGGGCAUCGUGCUGCCCUGCCGCCCACCGGAGGGCAUCCCUCCAGCCGAGGUGGAGUGGCUCCGGAACGAGGACCUGGUGGACCCAUCCCUGGAUCCCAAUGUAUACAUCACACGGGAGCACAGCCUGGUGGUGCGACAGGCCCGCCUUGCUGACACGGCCAACUACACCUGCGUGGCCAAGAACAUUGUGGCACGUCGCCGCAGUGCCUCCGCUGCCGUCAUCGUCUACGUGGAUGGCAGCUGGAGCCCGUGGAGCAAGUGGUCGGCCUGUGGGCUGGACUGCACCCACUGGCGGAGCCGUGAGUGCUCUGACCCAGCACCCCACAACGGAGGGGAGGAGUGCCAGGGUGCCGACCUGGACACCCGCAACUGUACCACUGACCUCUGUGUACACACUGCUUCUGGCCCUGAGGACGUGGCCCUCUACGUGGGCCUCAUCGCCGUGGCCGUCUGCCUGGUCCUGCUGCUGCUUGUCCUCAUCCUCGUUUACUGCCGGAAGAAGGAGGGGCUGGACUCGGACGUGGCUGACUCAUCCAUUCUCACCUCAGGCUUCCAGCCCGUCAGCAUCAAGCCCAGCAAAGCAGACAACCCCCAUCUGCUCACCAUCCAGCCGGACCUCAGCACCACCACCACCACCUACCAGGGCAGUCUCUGUCCCCGGCAGGACGGGCCCAGCCCCAAGUUCCAGCUCACCAAUGGGCACCUGCUCAGCCCCCUGGGUGGUGGCCGCCACACACUGCACCACAGCUCCCCAACCUCUGAGGCCGAGGAGUUUGUCUCCCGCCUCUCCACCCAGAACUACUUCCGCUCCCUGCCCCGAGGCACCAGCAACAUGACCUAUGGGACCUUCAACUUCCUCGGGGGCCGGCUGAUGAUCCCUAACACAGGAAUCAGCCUCCUCAUCCCCCCAGAUGCCAUACCCCGAGGGAAGAUCUACGAGAUCUACCUCACGCUGCACAAGCCGGAAGACGUGAGGUUGCCCCUAGCUGGCUGUCAGACCCUGCUGAGUCCCAUCGUUAGCUGCGGACCCCCCGGCGUCCUGCUCACCCGGCCAGUCAUCCUGGCUAUGGACCACUGUGGGGAGCCCAGCCCCGACAGCUGGAGCCUGCGCCUCAAAAAGCAGUCGUGCGAGGGCAGCUGGGAGGAUGUGCUGCACCUGGGCGAGGAGGCGCCCUCCCACCUCUACUACUGCCAGCUGGAGGCCAGUGCCUGCUAUGUCUUCACUGAGCAGCUGGGCCGCUUUGCCCUGGUGGGAGAGGCCCUCAGCAUGGCUGCCGCCAAGCGCCUCAAACUGCUUCUGUUUGCCCCGGUGGCCUGCACCUCCCUUGAGUACAACAUCCGGGUCUACUGCCUGCAUGACACCCAUGACGCACUCAAGGAGGUGGUGCAGCUGGAGAAGCAGCUGGGGGGACAGCUGAUCCAGGAGCCUCGGGUCCUGCACUUCAAGGACAGUUACCAUAACCUGCGCCUGUCCAUCCACGACGUGCCCAGCUCCCUGUGGCAGAGCAAGCUCCUCGUCAGCUACCAGGAGAUCCCCUUUUAUCACAUCUGGAACGGCACGCAGCAGUACCUGCACUGCACCUUCACCCUGGAGCGCGUCAGCCCCAGCACUAGCGACCUGGCCUGCAAGCUGUGGGUGUGGCAGGUGGAGGGCGAUGGGCAGAGCUUCAACAUCAACUUCAACAUCACCAAGGACACAAGGUUUGCUGAGUUGCUGGCUCUGGAGAGUGAAGGGGGGGUCCCAGCCCUGGUGGGCCCCAGUGCCUUCAAGAUCCCCUUCCUCAUUCGGCAGAAGAUCAUUUCCAGCCUGGACCCACCCUGUAACCGGGGUGCCGACUGGCGGACUCUGGCCCAGAAACUCCACCUGGACAGCCAUCUCAGCUUCUUUGCCUCCAAGCCCAGCCCCACAGCCAUGAUCCUCAACCUGUGGGAGGCGCGGCACUUCCCCAACGGCAACCUCAGCCAGCUGGCUGCAGCAGUAGCCGGACUGGGCCAGCCAGACGCUGGCCUCUUCACAGUGUCGGAGGCCGAGUGCUGAGGCCGGCCAGGCCCAACGCCUACACUCUCACCAGCUUUGGCACCCACCAAGGACAGGCAGAAGCCGGAUGGGGCCCUUCCCCACCCCGGGGAGAGCUGCUCGGACAGGCCCCCUCCCGGCCAAAGUUGUCCCUUAAUGCUGGUCCUUCAGACCCUGCCCGAACUCCCACCUCUCCAUGGCCUGCCUAGCCAGGCUGGCACUGCCACCUGCUCACACUCAGCCCCAGGGCCCAGGAUGGACAGUGCCUGGAGCCUGAGCCAGGCCCAGCCCAUCUGUGUGUGUGUAUGUGCGUGUGAUGCUACCUCUCCUCCCGUCCCUCUCCAGGGGCCCCGCAUACACACGGCCAUGCACGCACACACUGGGCCUGGGCCAGGACCCCGGAGCUCCUGCCUGAGCUGGACCUUAUGCAAACAUUUCUGUGCCUGCUGGGUAGGGGCACGUCUGAGGGGCCCUGCUCCAAGCCUGCAGGACCGAGGGCCACAGCCGGACAGGGGUUAGCCCCUGGAUUCAGGCACAUGACCACCACACGAGUACAUGCCAUGCGUGCCUCGUGUGCUCAUCUCACACACACCACCCCCGGGUCAUGCAGACACCCCCCACCACACACAUCUCAUGCUGUACACCUGAGGCUGCUCACGUCUCACGCCCAGUGUCGGUGCACAUUUGCCUCUCACGUGCUGCCCUCUCUCCACCCACCCAGGGUCACCCCACGGCUCCUCCCUGCCCCUGCCCCUCCCCCAGCCUCGAGGUGCCCUGCCCGGCGGGGCCUGUGAAUAUGCAAUGGGAGUCCCGGGCUGUACAGUGGCGAGUGUGUGUGGCGUGGUGUGCCCGUCCCCAGGGCUGGCUGGUGCCCCACGCGGGGCCUGUCAUGUGAAGCUCGUGUCCUGACUUUGUCUUAAGUGCAUUCAUGCACUUACACUUGGCCUUAUGUACACAGCCUUGCCCGGCCGCCGGGGCGCAUAGGGAUUUUAUUGGACGUGAAUGUAAAUAAAUUAUAUAUAUAUAUUGCUAA